GUCGGAACGAAAGAGGAUAAAAGCGUUUGGAGGACGUGGAAUGUGACCUGGAGCGGUCUUGCGGGAGUGAGAGGCGGUACGUCUGCAGUUCUCUUGCGCGAGUUGCUGGCCGUCGAAUUGGCAGGAGAUGCCGCCGCCGCUGGCAAGGAUGCAUCAUUGGUCGAAGUGAGAGUUGUUGAAGAAGUUGAGGUGGUUGGAGUUAGGUUUGUGGUAAAAGUAAACGAGUAUGCGGGCGGUGGGACGCUGGGGGUGGAGGAGGAGAGAUGGGACUGGCUCGUGAGGGACGAGAUACCAGCAGCAGCUACUCCUGAUAACGAGAGACCUGUUGGGUCAUCUGAAACUAGUACAGUCGAGGGGGACUCACCCAAGCCCGGCAAGGAGGAUGUCCUUCUGACCUUUCUGCGGGUGGGCAUUGGACAGGAAAUAACAGGACGACGCAAACCCAGGAAGAGAGGGGGAAAGAAGAGGCGCCCAUCCCCACAAAAUCCAUCACCUGAGAGCAACCUCUGGCUCAAUCUCUGGCUCAACCUCUCAAACUCUGAGCCUCUGAAACUCGAUAAAAUUCAUCGAGCUUGCAUCUCAUCAUCAGGCUCACUCUCUCUCGGCAAGCCGGAGCGGAUAGAUUCUACCUCUGACCCUGUCCA